UUCUCUUCAACAAUAAUAUUUCAGCUAAUUUGAAAAAAAAAAUGGCUAAUUCUCAUUUACUUCUAAUUUCCAUUGUAUUAAUGGGCAGUUUAGUGGCUGUAUUAGCUGCUGGUAAUUUUAAUGACCUUACAGAAAUCACUUGGGGUGAUGGACGUGGUAAAAUAUUAGAUGGAGGUAAAGGUCUCUCUUUGUCACUUGACAAAUUAUCCGGGUCGGGUUUUCAAUCGAAAAAUGAAUAUCUCUAUGGAAGAUUCGACAUGCAAAUCAAAUUCGUCCCUAAAAACUCUGCUGGCACUGUCACCACCUUCUUUCUAUCGUCACAAGGAGAAGGGCACGAUGAGAUCGAUUUCGAGUUCUUGGGAAAUGUGACUGGUGAGCCUUAUACAGUGCACACCAAUGUUUAUUCUCAAGGAAAAGGAAACAAAGAACAACAAUUUCACCUUUGGUUCGAUCCAACUACAGCAUUUCACACUUACACCAUUGUGUGGAACGCUAACCGCAUAGUGUUCUUGGUGGAUGAGAUUCCAAUUAGAGUAUACAACAACCAUGAAAGCAUUGGAAUUGCAUACCCCAAAAGUCAACCAAUGAAAGUCUAUUGUAGUUUAUGGAAUGCUGAUGAAUGGGCUACACAAGGAGGUAGAGUCAAAACUAAUUGGACACAAGCACCAUUUACCGCCACUUAUAGGAACAUCAAUAUUGAUGGCUGCGUCGUUAAAUCAGGCGCUUCCUCAUGUGCCUCACGGUCCACUGAUUCCGCGAACAAUGCUAAGCCGUGGGAGACACAUGAGCUUGAUGCUAAGGGUCGGAACAGGGUCCGAUGGGUACAGAGCAAACAUAUGGUUUAUAAUUAUUGCGAGGAUUCUAAGAGGUUUCCUCAAGGAUAUUCACAAGAGUGUAAACGAUCGAGGUUUUAAGAAAUCGAAUUUAAUUAAUUAAUUAUCUAAGGUUCGAAACUCGAUGAAUAUGUACGUUGGUUAUGGGAUUGAUUGUUUUUGUGUGUGAAA